CCCAGAACAUCGCCAGCAUGUCCUCGCAAGGUAUCCUCAUCACUGCCUCCAAGGUGGCUACCCCAUUCAAGUCUGAGCUCCUCAACACCCUCUCCACCCCCCGUUUCGCGUCUCGCCCGCCCCACCUCGUUGGUAUUCUCGCGACAAAAAAGGAGGACGCCAGGACAUACGCCGAGUUUACAAAGAAGGCUUGCGAGCAGCUCGGUAUCAACUAUGAGUUGAGGCUCGUCGGUGAGGCUCGUGAGGGUAUGGACGGCGAGGGUGUCGGAAUCGAAGUCGAGGAGGCCAUCCUUGAGGUGCGUAGAGCCGGUCGAAAGACGCACAUAUCCUGAUCUCUCGAAGGCCAACGAAGAUCCUGAUGUUGAUGGGCUUAUGGUCUACUACCCCAUCUAUGGUGGUCGUCAAGACCAGUACCUCCAAUCCGUCCUGUCACCUCAAAAAGACGUCGAAGGUCUCAAUCACCAGUUCCUCUUCAAUCUCUACCACAACACCCGUUUCAUUAACCCCUCCACUCUCCGCCCCAUUCCCGCUUCCCACCUUGCCGAAGCUCUCCCCAGCAAGGGUAAGCCGGCCAGCGACGAUAUCGCCCCAGAAGGUACCGUCAAGAGCAUCUUGCCUUGUACACCUUUGGCAAUCGUCAAGGUGCUGGAACACAUCGGCGUCUACAACAAGCUGCUGGCUUAUGGUGAUCGUGCGAGGGGAAAGGUCGUCACUGUGAUCAACCGAUCGGAAGUCGUCGGUCGACCCCUUGCGGCCCUCCUCGCAAACGACGGCGCGCGCGUCAUCUCGGUCGACUUGGACUCUGUCGUCGAGUUCUCCAAGCGUCCUUCCACGGAAGAUGACAAGAGACCUCUUGGUCAGCACCACAUCACUACGCCUCUCCCGGACAUGACGCUUGCCAAGGCGCUCAAUAUCUCUGAUGUCGUCAUCUCUGCUGUGCCCGUGGACAGCUUCAAGGUGCCCACGAAAGAGUUGAAGGAUGGAUGUAUCUGUGUGAACGUUGCCGGGGAGAAGAACUUUGAGGCUGACGUGAGAGAACAAGCUUCUAUCUAUGUCCCCUCGGUUGGUGUCAUGACCAUUACCAUGCUCCAGCGAAACCUCUUGCGAUUGUGUGAAUACCAAGACAUGAUCAAGGAGCAGAGCAAGUAAGAGCUGUGGGACGUGACUUGUAUAUAAGAGGAAGGUGAACUUUGAAGAGAAGCGGUGGUUUAUGUUUGUAGAUAUUGUCUUCACUAUUUGGGUAUGCAUAUAGCAUCUAGGU